AUGAGGAAAGGGAAAUCCUGUGGGAGUAAAAGAAGAACUAAAUGCCAAGAUAUUGUGAGAGAAUCGGAUGAAAGCUUCAUCGACAGUGUUGAAGAGGAGGAACUGGAAGAGGCUGAAGAUGAAGAACACACAAGGGGAGAAGUGGAAGCAGAUGAGGAAGAGGAGGAUGAAGGAGAGGAUGAAGGAGAAGACCUAGAAGAGGACGAAGAAGAGGAUGAAGGAGAGGACGAAGAAGAGGAUGAAGGAGAAAACGAAGAGGAUGAAGGAGAAGACGAAGAGGAAGAAGAAGAAGAAGAAGAAGAAGAAGACGAAGAGGAAGAGGAAGAAGAGGACGAAGAUGAAGAAGAGGACGAAGAUUACGAGCUGAAAAAUUACGGUAUAGCACUUGAGAUGCCGCAACGAAAGAAUAGAGGAAAAAACCUAAAAAAACUAAUUGGGGAAGAUUUGGAAAAAGAUGAAAAAUUUUGGAAUGAUAGCAUUUGGGAAGAAGAAGAAAUAGACGAAGAAUAUGUAAAUUCAGAAGGGGAAGAAGAAUAUAUAGAUAUUACCGAUUCUGAUUUUGACGAUGAUGGUAUAGACGAUGAAGAAGAUGAAGACGAAGAUGAAGCGGAGAGGAACGAAUUAUAUGAUGAAGAAGAAAAAAAAAAGAAAAAAAAAAUGUAUUCCUAUUUAGAAAAAUUAAAAAAACAAACACAUAAUAAUGCAUUAAGACAUAAAUUAAUGAAAAAGGCAAAGUACUAUGAUAGAAAAAGAAUUGGUAUGAAAUAUGGAACACAUCAACAUGUUGGGGAUAAUAAAGCGACAAGGAAAAAGGAUGAAAAUAAAUUAAAAAAUGAAAGAAUGUUAAAAAAACAGAAGCAAGCUGAAAUUUCAUAUAUGGUAUUAAAUAGAUCUACAAGAAACACUACAAGACAAAAGACAGAGCAAAUUCAAAAGCUUUCUGAAUUGAGAAGAAUUAAAAAGGAAAAUCGUUUUAAAAAAUUUUACGAAAAUAGAACAAACAAAAAACGUAUGCAAAGAGAAAUGACAAGAGAAGAAAGAUUAGAAGAAGCAAAAAUAACUGAGCAGUACAAUUUGCAAUCACUUUUAGAAUUACAAGCAUGGGAAGAGGAUAAAAAAAAAUAUAUAGAAAGCAAAAAAAUUUUAUAUCAUAGACCGAAAAAUGUUUUUAUUAGUUAUUCUUAUUCAAAAGACAAUGCAUUUCCAUCAAACGAAAAUUUGAAGUAUGAAAUCGAUUCAUAUUACGUGAAUUAUUCAUCACAACUAGCCAAUACUAGCGUAGAAGGAAAUCUUUUAUACGACCCUCUAAACAACAUUAAUAUGUCUCAAAGUUGCAUGAACAACAACAAUGAUGUUAUAAAAAGUAAUAACGGCAUAAAUCAAGCUGAUGAAUUAUUUAAAAUGAAAGAAAUAGUUCCUAAGGAAGAAAAGCAUGUGCCCAACGAUGAUGUAUCAUCUGAUAACAUAAGCGAUAUGAGCCAAAAAAAAAAAAACGAUGAUAAUGGUAAUGUUAUGACUGAAAACGAAGAUGAUGUUUGCACAAAUAAAAAAGUAGAAAUUGAAAAUUCAAACAAAAAACAACCGUUUCAACCAGUUCAGUUGGAUAAUCUGGAUGAUCUGGACAAUUUAGAUAAAUGCGAAGAUUUACACAUAGAAUAUUUAAAUGAAAAUGAUGAAAUAAAUUUUGGGACACAAGGGAAUAAAAAUAAUACAAAAUCCAUAAAUGGAAAUAUCCAGAAAGUAUUAAACAAAAAAAAACAAAAAAAAAUUAAGACAGACACAGAAGAAAGACAAAUAUAUAUUGUUACUGAUUUGAACGAAUUAAAUAUGUAUAGUAAUUAUAACAAUAAUGUGGAACAUUUAGAAAGAGUUAAAAAUAAAAAUAACUUAUGUGCAAUUACCAAUUUAGAAGGAAAGUAUUUUGAUCCACUAACCCAAAAAUAUUUUAAUAAUUCAGAAGCGUUUAAAUUAUUACGAUUUAAUUAUCACAAAGAAACAUAUGAUGACAUCAACGACCAGGUCUCCAGGAUGCUUGACCUUUUUGAUAACAAGUUAAAUGAAAUAGGAGAAAAUAUGAAAAAUACAGUUUUCGACAAUUUUUAA